ACCAUAGUGUUUUUAGACGCCCCCCCCGGCCGACGUUCGUGGCGCUUUUGUCUAGAUCUGCGCACAAGGCAGAGGCACCUACCGGCCUUUUUUUAUCUCAAUCCUCCUUAGGAAGUAAUUAGGUAGUCUUAACGCUUCUUUGAGACUACCGAUUCUCCGACACAGGGUCACAUUAACAUGGAUUCAAAGCCAGAAGCUUCGCCUCCGUCAGUCGCUAUGGCCCGAGCCCAGGCUACAACCGCACCGCCGCCAAGUACGCCAGCAUCCAUCCCAGCCGUUAUCGUCCGGUGCGAGGGCGAGAAGAGUAAAUUCGCGCCUUGGUCCGCCACCGCAAUCAAGGCUGAUCACCCAGUCUUCUCCAAUUCCGUACCUCCCGUUCCCGGACGCAUCGAGAUCCCGCUGGUCCUGCACCGUGUCGGCACUCAGUCCGUAAACCAGGCCAGCCUCGACAACCAGAUCGCCACCUACCUCAACAUAGAUUCAGAGUCUGGGUUUGCCCCCCCGGCGUGGCAGUCCCGCGUCGGCACCGUGCUGGUGGCGCGGAAGGACGGGAAACCGUUGCUUCCCCACCAUCUGGAAGGCGUAUGGAUGUAUUGCGACCGCAUCCUGGACGUCUUCGGGGAAGGGGGAGGCCCGCCGACACGUUUUUAUACCAGACAAGCGUUCGAGAAGUGGUGGAAGGGCUAUUGCGAAGAACAGAAGCAGUUCCGGAAGGGGACCGGGGGCGAGGAGGACCCGGAUGAUUGGCGGGCGGUCAGGUCGCCCUACGAGAUGUAGAGUUUCAGAUCCCGAAUAAGAUCUGUAUUUGUAUAUUGUGCUAUCCCGAGAUCGUUACCAGAGAACUUGUACAGAGAGACAUCUGUUCAAAGGGAAGCAUAUGCCUUAGGUGCCUGGCUGCACUCGGGGGGCCGCAGCCAUGCUGUGUAGAACUUCCUCAAGCCCGAAGCAAGUUAGGCAGAAUGUUGGUGGCGAAUGAUGGUCCAGGCCCGUGCGGCCUAG